AUGAGUUUCGGAUUCGAGAACUGUCAGCGUAUGCAGGCAAUGAGAUUUGCUGUGAUGGAAAUCAACCACAAUCCAGGUCUGUUACCCAAUAUCACACUGGGGUUUGAGAUCCACGAUUCCUGUACAGUUCUACAGAGGGCAAUAGCAGGUACCUUGCAGUUGCUGACUGGCCUAGGUCAAUCUCUCCCAAAUUAUAGAUGUCGUCAGAAUACUCCCCUGGCAGCUAUUAUUGGUCAUUCCAUCUCCACUUACUCCAUGCUGAUAGCUCAUAUCCUAGGGUUAUACCGAUACCCACAGAUCAGCCACUUUUCCACCAGCUCUCUCCUCAGUGAUCGAACACAGUUCAACUCCUUUUUCAGGACAGUUCCCAGUGAUACUUUCCAAUCCCAAGGACUGACACAGCUACUGAUAUAUUUUGGAUGGACUUGGGUGGGAUUGGUAGCUAUUGACAAUGAUUAUGGACAAGAAGCAAUCCAACUGAUCAAAAAUGAAAUCCUAAAGGCUGGUGCAUGUGUGGCCUUCACUGAGAACAUAUUGAGAAACAGGAGAGACCGCAAUGCUCCACAUAUUGUACGGGUUAUCAAAGAGUCAACAGCAAAGGUGGUUAUUUUUUUUACUACUGUUCCGAGCCUGGUCCCCAUUCUAGAGGAAAUAUUGAAGCAGAAUGUAUCAGGAAAGAUAUGGGUGGCCAGUGAGUCCUGGGCUACCUCUCCACUCCUGUUAGUGGAUAAAUAUAUUACACUUCUCUCUGGAACAGUUGGUUUUGCUCUUUACAGAGGAACCAUACCUAACUUUAAAUACUUUCUGAAUGGGAUUCAUCCCUCUACGUCUCUAGGAGCAGAAUGGGUAAAAAUAUUCUGGGAGCAGGCUUUCGGUUGUAAAUUCUUGGUUGAUAAAAACCUCACAGUCUCUAAUGAAUCCUCAAUAAAAGAAUGUACAGGAUCAGAAAACCUAGAAACUCUCCAGAAUGAUUACAAUGAUAUAUCUAACUUGAGGGUGACCUACAAUAUUUACAUAGCAGUCCAUGUUAUUGCUAAAGCUCUGCAUGAUCUCAGCAUGUGCACUAAAGGGAACGGUCCGUUUGCUAAUGGAACAUGUGCGGAUGUUUGGAAAUUCAAGCCUUGGCAGCUUUUACAUUAUAUGAAGAGAGUUCAUCUUAGGAUGAGCAGUGGGAGGGAAUUGUUCUUCAAUGAGAAUGGAGAUCCCCCAGCCUUGUAUGAUAUUGUAAAUUGGCAGCUCGGUCCUGAUGGAAGAAUCAGACAGGUCACCGUGGGCAGUUAUGAUACCGCAGCGGAAAGCGGAAAUGAUUUUACUAUUGACACAAAUGCUGUUCAGUGGGGAAUUGGUAAAAAACAGAUUCCUAUCUCAGUUUGCAGUGACAGUUGUUCACCAGGAUAUAGAAAGUCUUCCAUAUCUGGAAAACCGGCAUGUUGUUUUCAAUGUGUUCUUUGUCCCCAAGGCGAGAUCUCUAACCAAACAGACUCUGUAGAUUGCUCUAAAUGUCCAUGGGAUAUGUGGCCAAAUUUGCAACGGGACGUUUGUAUGCCUAAACCUCACGAAUUUCUCUCCUAUGAAGAUUCCUUAGGUACGACAUUAGCUGUUGCAAGUGUUUCCUCCUCAUUCGUUCCAAUUGUUAUCUUUGUACUUUUUAUUCGUUAUAAGACUACUCCCAUUGUUCGAGCCAACAAUUACUCUCUAAGUUGUCUUCUCUUGAUAUCCCUGUCUUUGUGCUUCCUCUGUGCUCUGAUUUUCAUUGGACAACCCCAACUAUUAAAAUGUCUUUUGCGACAGGUUACAUUUGGCAUUGUUUUUGCUCUUGGUGUAUCCUGUAUCUUGACCAAAACCAUUAUGGUAGUUUUAGCUUUUAAUGCCACAAAACCAGGCAGCAGCUUGAAAAAGUGGACUAGACCUCUGGUGUAUUAUUACAGUGUUGUUAUAUGUGUUGUUAUUCAGACUUUCAUCUGCAUCCUAUGGCUUUUGCUCAAACCUCCUUUCGUGGAGGACAACACCCAAAUAAAAUCUGGAAUUAUUGUCAUUCAAUGUAAUGAAGGUUCACCCUUUGCCUUCUGGUGUAUGUUGGGAUACCUUGGUCUUCUGGCCACCAUCAGUUUCAUUGUUGCUUUUUUUGCCAGAAGACUACCAGAUAGCUUUAACGAGGCCAAGUUCAUUACCUUCAGCAUGCUAGCCUUCCUCAGUGUUUGGUUGUCCUAUAUUCCAGCCUCACUCAGUGCCCGAGGCAUGUACACAGUAGCCAUGGAACUGUUUGCUAUUCUAUCAUCAAGCUGGGCUCUGGUUAUCUGCAUGUUUGUCCCUAAAUGUUUUAUCAUAUUGUUUCAACCUCACAUGAAUUCCAAAGAACAUAUCAUGGGGAAAGAGAGAAAUGUACCUAUUAAGGUCAAAAGUUUUUAA